AUGAUUCUGCAGAGAGUGUUCACAACCAAAUGGAUGGGUACUAUACCAAUUAUUGCAUCGAAAACACCUCGUAUCCAACCAAUGGCAGCCUGGCGAAGAGAGCCAGGGCUUGGGCACCGAUUUCCCGGAAGCCUCCAAAGUGUGCUCGAACGGCAAAUCUCAUGGAACUACUCGAAAAGAUCUCCGGCUUCCACUCAAGAUAAAGAAAAAGGGUUUUCCUCCAUCGGAGAAAGAAGUCGUGCCUUUCAAAACUUUACCGCGGAUAUCGUUGCUAAAGUUUUCAAAUUAUCAAACUUGGAUGAUGUUAUCAGAGCUCAAGAUUUAGAAAUCGACGAUUUGAAGAAAGAACUGGAAAACUUCAAGGACGAGCAUCGAAUAUGGAAGGAAAGGGCGAAGACUGCUGAGGAAAACUUGAAGUUAUCGAAAGAUGAAUACGAGGCCGCGAAAAUAAUGAUGCAAGGCCAGGCUGUGAAGAUUCAAGAGCUCGAAGACAAAAAGAAUGAACUAAAGUUGACGGUUGAAAAAUUGGAAGAUUGGAGAAAUCGCGCGUCCUGGUAUCCAAGAUUUACCCAAAUCGGUGAUCCUAUAGGCGAUGGCUUUCCCUCAACGAAGCUCAAUGGCGCAUCGCUUACCGACUUCCCAAAGCUCAACGACCCCUAA